GCUGGUUAUCAAUGGUCUAUUCGGCUUUUCUCUAUAUUGAGGUAAAGUCAAACUAUGAAAGUAUUGUUUUAGAUAUGAGGAUUUUUAUAAAAUUGCUCUUUUAUAUCGUGUAUAGACUCUUUUAUAUGUGUACAAACUCACAUUUUCGUAAGUAGGCCUAUUUUAUUGAAAUGCCCUAGUAUUCUAUGCUUCUCAGCCAUUGAAAUUUUUACUUGAGAACUACAGGAAUCAUCUUGAAGACAGGCAAUAAUAUAAUUUGUGUCAAAAAAAAAAUGAAAUAACACAAAAGAUAGAACAUACAACGAUAUUAUGUUGAAUGAACUCACCAUCUUGGAAAUCUGAUAUUUCUGGUGCCGAAGUCAAGAUGCAUUCGUCCCAAGAAGUUGAAGACGGAAGCCUCACCAAGUCCAUCGCAACUACCUCAUCAGUUGAAGAUAGUAUCGAGCCAUGCACCAAAAAACAAAAACUUUCGUGUAAACAUAUCGGUCUUGAAAAAGCUUACGAUUUAUUCCCAUUUGCCAAAAAUGAUACUUUGAGUGGAGAUAUUAGUGUAAAAUCUGUAAAUAUUCAAUCUGAGCCCAAAACAGAAAUCGUCAAUGAUGGACAACAUUGUUUCAAAGAAGAAGAAUCUCCAGAAGAUAUCAAUAACCACAAUGAAGCCGAUACUGAAUUGAAUUUAGAAAACAACAAGUCAUUGAAAGAACUCUAUGUUUUAGAUGAAUCUAAUGGUUUUGAUGAUGGUGAUGCAGAGGCAUUAUCUGAUUCAUCAAGCAACCAUUCGUAUGACAUUCCUGAUGAUGAGAUUGAAGCAUUACUUGAGGAGGGAAUUGGUGAUACAAUGAUUAAAGACCAACCAAGGAAACCUUUGCCGUUCAAAAAUGAUUCUCUUAGAGAAAAGCUCAUUAAACUUGCUAACCGAGUUGGAAUGCCACUUUCUAGCUCUGUCGAAGGAAGUAAUGUUGAUAAAAUUCCAAAUCCUGAUUCUAACAACUCAAAAGAUACACCACCUCGAAUAUCUGAUUGUGAAAAUAGUUCAAAUGAUAUUUUAAAUCCUGAUACUAACAAUUCGAAAGAUGAUCCACCUCAAAUAUUAGGCUGUGGAAAUAGUUCAAAUUUAAAUUCAGAUCCAAAUUCGUUAGAUGUUGGAUUACAUAAUUAUAAUUCCAAAGACGAGAAUGCAGAUACCUCUAAAGUGAAAGGUGAAACAGCUGAUCUUGAAUCAAGCAAACCAAAGACAAAUAAUAUUGAUGAUGAAGAAGAGGAAUGCAAAGUAUUUAAAAUAAUUGAUGAUGACAAAAAUGAACUAGAAUAUGAAGUUAGACCAAAGUUUGUCCUUGAGGAAUUGGAACAGAAUCAUUUUGAUCUUCUACCUGAAGGUUGGGUAAAGCUAACUCAUCGGAGUGGAAUGCCACUCUAUCUACAUAGGAAAAGUCGGGUAUGUACAUUGUCCAGACCAUACUACCUAGGCCCAGGAAGUAAUAGAAACCACAGCAUCCCUUUGGAAGCCAUCCCUUGUAUGCAGUAUCGCCGGGCGUUAGAGAAAGAGAAGCAGAAGAAGGAAGAGAUGGCAGAGACAAGUAACACGGAUGUAUCUAAUUUGCUGGCAGCCGGCAAAGGUCCUUCACCUCUGCUGCGGUGUGCUCGUAUUGAAACGGUUGAAGAGAAUCGUGCUUAUCAGUCUCUUAAACAUAAAGAAGUUCGUGACUACUGCUCCAAGCUUUUCCGUUUCAAGUCAAUCAACUCAGUCAGGUACAAGUGCUGGGGAACACGCAAACUGAUUGCUAGUCAUAAGGAAGCUGAACGAUUGCAGCGGCCCACUCUUCCCAAUGGCACAAAACUGCUCAGGUUUGAGAUACGCAAUGCGGAUGGCACUCCUACUAAUCGGCCUCAAAAAGAGUGGAUCAUGAAUCCGGCUGGUAAAAGCUACGUCUGUAUUUUGCACGAAUAUGUUCAACACGCUCUUAAGAGUCAACCCUCCUAUGAAUUCAAAGAAUUACAAAAUCCCUCUACACCAUACAGUGCUGAAAUAUCAAUUGAUGGCAUAUCGUAUGGAAAGGCGUUUGGGACCAGCAAGAAGCAAGCAAAGCUGCUUGCUGCCAAGGCAGCACUUGAAAUACUCAUUCCAGAUAUGAAAUCGAAGAUUGAUCCAGAUGCUAAGGCUACUAAAGCGCAAGGAACCGAUGCUCAUCUUUCAAUAUUUGAUUUGAUUCGCAUAGAAGAUCCACGUGUUAUUGAGUUCAGUAAUAAGACAACUGAACCAUCUCCCUACAAAAUGCUGCUAACGUGUCUCCAGCGGAACCACUCAUUGCCAACAGUCAACUGCAAUUACGUUGUUAGCAAAAAGGAAAAAAAGCGGAAUGAGUUUACAAUAACCGUGGGCGGCCACUCGGCAACUGUGGUUUGCAAGAACAAACGCGAUGGGAAGCAGCGUGCUUCGCAGGCUAUUCUACAGGCUCUGCAUCCUCAUGUCACCACUUGGGGCUCCCUACUGCGACUCUACGGCAACCGAUCAGUUAAAAACAUCAAAGAAAAGAAGCAGCAAGAGAAGGAGAUCACUCUUCUUCAAAGUAAGGCUUCACUCAAUAAACCGAACUUUGCCAUUCUCGCUAAGCUCCGAGAAGAAAUGCAAAAGCUGCAUGAUAAGAAGAACCUACUCCAACCUAUUGGAAAAUUUGUGCCUCCUGAUGGUGUCAGCGUUUCAAGCUUUUCAUCGUCUGAUCUUGAUAAGCUCCACCUUGGCUCCAGUUCCACAUCACCACCAGCAUCCAGCAUUGCACCAGCUCUCAUCAGUAUACCAGCUCUCAGCAGUAAACCAGCACUCAGCAGUACACCAGCAAGCUCGGACUCACUUCCUCUGUUUGUCAAGGUACCACAACCGAUUGAAGUGGUGAGUAAACCAAUUUAACAGCUUUCAAUUACCUAUAUGGUAAGAACUGGUUGAAUAGGAUAUGAAUACGUAUAGCUUGAUAACAUUUAUUUAACGUAUAUUAAUAUUUUCAUUCUCCUUAAUUAAGAAGUGAAGACUUGAUUAUACUUCAUAUAAUAUAGUGAUUACAGUAUUAUUUCAUACUCGACGAGUAUAUUUGAAAUAAGAUUGUUCGUAUUUAUAACUCAAUGAUAGGCAAUGGAAUAUGUGAAUUAUAAUGUUAUGCUGUUCUAUCUUCCAAAAACGUGUUCUAGAAUGAUAUCUCACUUGCGUCUCGACUCUACAAUGAGCAGCUCAUCUACGAAAAAUAAUAUUUUUUUUUAAAGGACUUUCAACGGAGGUUGGUUACAAUAAAUAAAUAUCAAAAGUUGUUGAUACCAUUACUCACGCAAAUAAAGUAAUCAUUAAACUAAUUUUCAGUAGAGAUAUUCAUUAGCCUCCUAAUCUUUUGAUUAAUUUCUGAUAGUGAAAACGAUUGAAUAGAUUUAAAUCUGAAAGUAAAAUUCCAAAUUGUUUUAUUCAUUAGAUGAAUGGAUUAUUUUUUGAGCUAUGUGAGCUGUUAUUCCAAGUGCAUUACAUUAGGUCUUCAAUGAUUUAAACAUACUGUUAAUUGUCACAAAUUGAAAAAGCUUUUUGAAAAAUUUGAAUUGCUAAAUGUGUAGGCCUACUGCUAUUUUAUAGUGUCUUCGUAAUCAUAUGCAAGUAGUCCUAUUUAAGAGUAGGCUAUUAAUUUGCAAUAAUAUAACGUUAUUUGGAAAAUGAGACCCAUACUUGAUGGGACUAAUAUUUUCUCAUUAUUCAAUUAUAAAAUUAUUUGUGAUAAAUUAUUUUUUUAAAAUAAAAAUUGAACCAAACCAUUCAAGCUUUUUGAAUUUGGUUAGCCUGCUACAUCUAUAUAUAAUAUUAUUAGAUAAAAAUUGGUUUAUACAUGUACGGGAUAGGAAAUACACUAAUGACGCAUCAUCACGUCUGAACUACUGAACUGAUUUACUUGAACUUUUGCGUAAAGUUUCUUAAUUUAUCGAGUAUUAUUAUAGGUUUAUUUCCAUUUUACUUAAUCAAUUAAGUAUGGUUUUAAUGAUUGGAGCAAAUUUAUUCAAUUUGUGAUACAAAAUUUACGUAAGACAAAAGCUUAAUCAAAUCUCUAUUGUAAUUUAGUACAGUUCUGAAUACUUACAAUAUCAGCAUGAAAUUAUAACAAUAAAUUCAAACUAUUUGUGCUUCAAAUAGACCCUUGCGGAGCACGGGUUUACCUGCUACUUUCAUAAUAUUUAUGGUGUUCUAAUGCACAAGAAAUAAGCUAUUCACUAGAUUUUUUCUCAAUAAUAGAAUGUUCUGUUCUGCCUGAAACUCAUAUAGACCUACAUAGAAAUCUGUGUUCUAUGUCCUAGUAUUUCCAAAAAAGUAAGAAAUGCAUGUCGUCAUAAUUCAUGCAUUAAUUUUCUUAAAUGUUGUUAUAAAUACUAUUUGAAACCAUUAAAAUAAUUUAAUAAAAUUAAUCAUCCUGAUUCGUUCAUAACAGUUAAAAUUAGAAUAGCAGCAUAUUAUCUCCCUCUUGUAUUAUAUAAGUAUAUUAACUGUAGUUGAAACGUACAAAUAUUGGAUCCCAACCUGAAUAAUAAUAAGAUUUCGCGACUGUUUUACUCCCUGGACCAUUUUUCGUCAUUGUUCGUUCUCUUAACAUUCAAUUCAUUAUUUAUUCAUCUUACAUCAUGGGAGGAAAAAAUUAGCUGUUUCAAUCCAGCAUUUGUAUGUUUCAUACAGCAUUUGUAUGUUAAUGUAUGUUUUACAGAGGCUACAUUCAAUAGACAUAGCUUUUUAAAUUUGCUAAGCGUUUUAGAAACUCAACUGGUAACUGCUGAGGAAUAAUAAAUAUGAGUUUCAGCUCUCUAAUGUAUGAAGUAGGGAUCGACAUCCAUUGUGGCUGUCCGAGUCCGGCCCCCAGCCAGACUCAAUGUCUUCAAUUUGUAUCAAACCAUAAGAGACCAUCACAAUAGUAUCUCAUAAUAUCCAUAACAGACUCUAUAGUGUGAUCCGUAGGCCAAGGGUGACCGAACUAUGGUUUGCAACUAUAUUGUGGUUUGAAGUUACGUUGGGUCUUUUUUGCAUUUGCAUGAGUUGUAGCAUUUGUUAACUGUAGUGUGGGUCGCUCCAGCUGUCAAGUGUGCAAAAAUCCAUCCUUGCUGCACUCUGCUUGGUCGGAUAGACAUGAGAGCGAUGGUAGAACUGAAAUCAACAUUCAUUAUUUUAUAAGAGAGUUAGACUUGCGGGUUAAAAAACUUAAUCGCUGUGGCAAUUUAUAAAGAACGAUUUUUCUCGGUGCAAACGAACCGCUAAAUUCAUUGUAUUAGUGGGGCCUUAGUUUUGUAAAAUAAUAUUUUUUUUCAUCUUAAACAGCUCAGUGCUGCUCUGGAUUACGCGCCAAAAUAGUCUGCUAGAAUAAUAAUAAGAUUCUUGGUCAAAUUCCAUAUGGAUUUCAUUCAUCUACUUCUCAUCCAUUGUUUCCCACUUGGUUGGUUAAAAUAUUUAAAAUUAUUUUCAUCAAUCUUCGCGGCUUUCUUUGAAUGAGUGCUAUAAAAUGCUAUGAGCAUAAUAAUUAUAAUACUAAACACAUGUGACUUCUCAAUAUUGUAAAUAUGAUACGUGUAAUGAAAUUGACAAGAAUUACAUGAAAUUCAUCAGAAAUAAACAUGAAAUUAGAAAUUAUUGGUGGUGAGGCUUUAUUGAAGUCUGUAAACAGAGCAAGAACAUAAGACAUCAAUUCUAGAUAAAUGUUAGUAAACUUACUACCUCUAGUGUGAAGCAUUUCCUCUGUUGUUUUGGAAGGAUCAUUGAAAACAGUUUGCCUCAUGUAUGCUUCUAAGGCUGGGUAGAGGUUCUACUGGGAACUCUAACACAUGCCUAUAAUGUCAGCCAUCUCGUUCUUGAUACAACAAGGAUUUUAUGGAUUUCUACUGCGAAAAAUUGUUUUGAAGUUCUAGAAAAUGUUGACUUGAAUAAUAAAAAAGUACUUUUCUA